CAAAUCCGCCUCCAGCCCACCGCUCUCCAUCACCUAAACCAUCUGAGAGGUAACGGUGGUGAGCCGGAGAGGAAAGCGGGAUGCCGGGGUUUUGACCGACGGCGAGGAGGGGGUUGCCGGCCGGCGUCCGACUGAAGGGGAAGCUUACCUGAAGAUCGCGACGAGCCGAAUCAAAGUAGGGUUAUGCUUUGUCAUCAUUCGAGGAUCACCCAAGCAGAAUAAUCUUGGAAGGUACUUCUAUAUACCCGGUUUGCAGUCAGCAUAGCCAAUUAAUUGGGUGUGGUUACUUUCCAAGUAAAUGGAUGCUGAGGAGCAGGCACAGACAUCCUUCGAUCAGGUAGGAGUUUCAUCAGGUUGUGACCCAAAAAACUCAGAACUUGUGGCUCGGGCCAAGAAGCUGCUUUUUCGGCAAAUGCUGGUGGGGAUUAGCGAUGGACGUUUUUUCUUGGGCACAUUUUACUGUCUUGAUAAGCAAGGAAACAUCAUUCUCCAAGAUGCAGUGGAAUAUAGGAGCACCAGACGUUCAUCCCCUUGCCCAAUGGAGCAACGGGCGCUUGGUCUCAUUCUUAUUCCAUUCUCUUGCCGAACAUCUUGUCACGUCGAUUGCUCCAUUGAAGAACAGUUGUCGCUGCUGCUAUCGCUAAAGGAAUGAGACAAGCCGUUCAUCUGCCACAGCUUAUCUGAUUUGUUAUCACGCAACUGUAUCCAGUUAUUACUUACAGACAUAUUCAUUUAGCAUUUGAUUGCUUUUCAGAUUGUAUUCAACUCGUACCUCGGGAAUGAUCUUCUUUGCAAGUUUUUUGAGUUUA